CAGCCCAAGUCUCGGCCAUUUUUGUUGCGUCAACGUCAAGUGUGGCCAGGGGCCUCUCGCGCUUUCCUAGCAGUUUAGCCAGUCGUCUUCGGGUUUUCCCGUAUCGUGUGUAUCGCGUGAAAGACUAAUUGGUACGCGCGGUUCUUUAUUUAACCGACGAAAGGUCGAUCGUUCUGAGAGUAACGACAAUCGCCGUUGAGCGUAUACAUCAGUCGCGGGACGACAAAGGGACGAAGAAGGCAAGAAAGAGAUAGCGUGCUGGGACGCGUUGGGGAACUUUUUCGAUUCGCGAGUGAGGCGUUGUGUGUGCGAGAGGACGAGCUAAAAAGGGCUUCAAGCGACAGAGCUGCGAUAACUACGCACCGAGGCGGAGUAAUAUGAGUAAUGCAGCCAACCAGAAUGGAUCAGGUCUAGAGCAGCAGUUAGCUGGUCUGGACUUGCAGGGCUCCCGCCAACCAAGUGGGGGUCGCUACGUUCCACCGCAUCUUCGUCAUAAAGCAGCAAGUAAUCCACCUUCGGAUUUAAAUUACUCUUCGAACCCGAGACCGUUUGGUGAUCGAGACAGAGGGGGAGAUCGCGAUCGCGACCGUGAAAGGGAGCGUGACCGCGAUAGGGGUCGAGGAGGCGCUUAUCGAGAAUCGCGAAGUCCUCGCGACGUCGAUUUCGCGAACUUUGGAAGCUUCGGUGGACGUAACAGGCGCAGCCAAGAAAAUGGGAGAGAUUAUAGAUAUCCCAACGAGCGCGAUCGGCCAAUUAGUGGCAAUGAUCGCUGGCAGGAACCUAGAAACGAUCGCUGGCAAGAGAACAGAAAUGACAGAAUGGGAAGUGGCGGAAGAUGGGGAGACGACAGAGGCGGUAGAGGCGGCGCGCGAGGCGAGGUCGACUGGACUAUCCCCACUGCCAGAGAUGAGAGAUUGGAGCUGGAGCUGUUUGGUACUGGCAAUACUGGGAUCAAUUUUAGCAAAUAUGAGGAUAUCCCGGUUGAUGCUACUGGAGAGAACAUACCACCACACAUCACAUCAUUUGACGAGGUUAAGCUGACAGAGAUAAUAAAGAAUAGCAUCGCCUUGGCAGGAUAUGACAAGCCUACACCAGUGCAGAAGUAUGCGAUACCGAUUAUCAUCGGGCGCCGUGAUGUGAUGGCCUGCGCUCAAACCGGAUCCGGUAAAACAGCGGCCUUCCUAGUGCCAAUAUUGAAUCAGAUUUACGAGAGCGGGCCGCGAGCGCCACCGCCGCAAGCGAAUUCUUCUGGCAGGCGUAAACAGUAUCCGUUGGGUCUAGUGCUGGCUCCAACGAGGGAGCUCGCUACGCAGAUAUACGACGAAGCGCGGAAGUUCGCGUACCGAUCGCGUAUGCGUCCCGCGGUCGUAUAUGGCGGCUCCAACAUAGUAGAUCAAAUGCGCGAGUUAGAUCGCGGUUGCCAUUUACUCGUGGCGACACCUGGUCGUCUGGUGGAUAUGCUGGGGCGCGGUAAAAUUGGUCUGCAUAAUUGCCGGUACUUGGUUCUGGACGAGGCAGAUCGUAUGUUGGAUAUGGGUUUCGAGCCGCAAAUAAGACGUAUUGUCCAGGAGGACAACAUGCCGCCAACCGGAGAGAGACAGACUCUCAUGUUCUCUGCUACUUUCCCGAAAGAGAUUCAGAUGCUGGCUAGAGAUUUCCUCAGCAACUACAUUUUCUUGGCGGUCGGUCGCGUGGGCUCGACUUCAGAGAAUAUCACGCAGAAGAUUGUAUGGGUUGAGGAGCACGACAAACGUUCAUAUUUACUUGAUUUGCUGCAAGCUAGCAACUUUACUGACCCUACCGCAGAGUCACUUACUUUAGUGUUCGUGGAGACAAAGAAAGGCGCCGAUAUGCUCGAAGAAUAUCUGGCCUCAAUGGGAUACCCGGUCACCAGCAUUCACGGUGACAGAACUCAGCGUGAACGUGAGGAAGCUUUGCGCCGUUUCCGCGCGGGCAAAGCGCCGAUUCUGGUCGCAACCGCAGUGGCGGCGCGUGGUCUCGAUAUACCGCACGUUAAGCACGUAAUCAAUUUUGACUUGCCCGGCGACGUUGAGGAAUACGUUCAUCGUAUCGGUCGUACCGGUCGUAUGGGGAAUUUAGGUCUGGCUACAUCGUUCUUCAACCACAAGAAUCACAAUCUAGUACGUGACUUGGUAUCCCUGCUUGUUGAAGCCAAUCAGGAACUUCCCCCAUGGUUGGAUGACAUGUUUACUGAAGCGAGAUACUCCGGAGGCGGAUCUCGUCGGCCGGGAGGCGGCGGCGGCGGCGGCGGUGGCGGCGGCGGCACAAAGGGUCGCUUCAGCGGCGGAGGGUUUGGUGCAAGAGAUUAUCGCCAACAACCCAGUUCUGGACCUGGCCGUAGUAAUGGCCCUUCUAGACCUGGUGGUUACGGAGGCGGUUAUUCAAGUUACGGAGGUAACUAUAAUAAUUCAUCGUACAAUAAUUCCAAUAACAAUGGCAACAGUGGCCCCGAUUGGUGGGGAGGAUGGGACAAAUAGACGGUUAUUUCCAUCUGUAUUUCUACUUCUAUUAUCAUCAUCAUUAUUAUUAUUAUUAUUAUUAUUACUAUUAUUACUCUACAUGCAAAUUUAAUUAUAUGUAAGGCAGACACAUUACUACAUCUGAUACUACACGCACGUGUUUUGCGCGCGUAUACUGCACAUAUGCGCGGAGUGCGGACAGUUUCACGUAUAAUACGUAUUCACGUUUUCGCUGACUGCCUGCGCACUCCGAUCUUUCGAGCAGCAAAAGAAAAAAAAAGGAUACUUACAUUGUUUAAAUUCCACAUAUAGUACAUAUAUUACAUUUGUUCACGCGCGACAUUGACAAAUCCUGCGUGCAAUUUGAUGUUCAUGCUGGCGUGAAGAUCGCCGGAUGGACAUUUCGAACGUGAAAAUGAUCUCACCAUAAAAAUGCGAGCAUCAUAAAUGGGGAUUUGUUCAAUAUUAUUAGUUUCAACACUAUUAGUUAGAAAUCCAUCCAACAUUUCGUUGCCGUGCGUGCUGACGAACACAAGUAGUAUAAUCACUAACGAAUCAAAUCGAUAAAUCGUUAAUGCCUGCUCGAAGGGAAUAACGAUGUAACACAUAGUAGGUGGAGAAACUUAGUAAAAUUUUUUAGAACUCCUGUCGAGAUCAUGGGGCUCAUUGUAGCUUUAUUAUUUACUAUUUUUUUUUUUUCUUUCGUAGGGACACGGUGGGCGUAUCUUCGGUGUGAUCGUCGGUCGAGCAUGCUCGACCGUUGCAAAAACAUUUUGAAAUCUCUUCGCUACUACAAUGGCCAGUAAAAGUUGCGUAAUUUCAUUUGAACGAAUGGCAUGAUUCUUUGGUGUGCACAUUCAUUAGAUGCCUAGGAUACGCCAGAUCACCGUCGCCGUAGAUUACAUAACUAUUUCUUAUUCUUUUUCCCCCUCUUUUUUUUGCCUUAAUUUGCUGUAGUUCAGCGACAAAUGGUACUUUGUUGUUUUGCCGUCCCCAGAGAUAAACGAUCUUGCGUUCGGCAAUAUCAUAUGGUUUACUCGAAUAAGCCACGUGAAUUUUUCGGGGAUUGAAGAUUUUAAUAUGGCGAAAAAAAAAAGAAACAACACACACAGGCUACGUCUUAAGAUACCUUUAGAAAUCGUACAUUUUCGUUAUAGCCUGAGAGAUAUAUAUAUAUAUUAUAUAUAUAUAAUAUAUAUAUAAUAUAUAUAUGUAUAUAUAUACAUACACAUACUUUCCACCGUUCCUAAUUUAGCAAAUUUCGAAACGAUGCUUAUGCGAUUUACAGCCGGCGGGUUAUAUUGUAACUUUGCCCAUUACAGUGAGAUCUCGAUAUUCGUAGUAGCUUGAGAAAAAAUUAAUGUACAACGUCAAGGAAACUACAUAUUGUAAUAUUUAUAUAUAUAUAUAUACAUAUAUGUGAAAAUUUUGAUGUAGAGAGAGAACGUUUUAAUUUUUAUUGUUACAAAAAUAAGAUUUUUAUUUUUAAAAUUAGUUUUUUUUUUUUGUUUUUUUGUAAAAUUAAGUAAAUAAGCGUUUGUAACGAGCCCUCAUUGGCAAAAGAGAAAGAUCUUUUCUUUAAUCAGAAAUGCGGUGGAUAUGGAGGUUUCACUGUGCGAAGACGGCUAGAAACCGCUUUAAUAAAAAGCAGGUAUAUAUAAAUGUUUUAUGUACCUGAGAGCUCUUGAGCGGUUCCACAGACGGAACUGCGCAGAUCCCAUAGAGAAUUGUGCUUUGAAUAGCAUUUCUAAAUGUAACGGAGACGUUGCCCUGCGAAAUUGGUACGGCGCUUUAUGAAAAUCUUAGUCUUAUCAGCAUCGAAUGCGAAUAUAUGCGAAUGCUCAUGGAAAACAAAUUGUGUUGUGGGCGGGUUAAAAAAAAUAUACGGUUGCAGUUACAGAGGGGGUAUUAACACAAAAGAGCAGAUGGGGGAAUAUGCUUUUGCAUGAUAACGGGCUCAACUUUAUUAAAGAAAAAGAAGGAGAGCGGAAGAAGCCCCUUGAAGUGAGGAGAGAGACACACUCGUGAAUAAUAAUAAGGGGCGCACUCAUAUUAUUUUCUAGCUGUAUUUAUCAGUAACGAUACGCUAUAUAUAAAUACAUAACACUAAAAUAAUUGAAAAAAACGACUGUGAUAUCGAACGAUCUUGUGACAUUCAAUUUCCACGCGAAUUGACGAACGAACAAUUAACGGAAUAACAACUACACUGUAAACAAAUGUAUUAAUUAAUCGGUAUUGAAUGUCGGGAAGGCUACUGGCUCAGAGCUCCUUGUGCUGAGCUGAGAGUCGGAAUAUUAAGUCGUUAAACAAUAACACACACAAGACAACAACGUGGCUGUUGUCCGAUCGGGGAGGGCUGAACGCUAGCUCUUGCGGCCCUUUCGAAGGGCCUUUCUAGGGCAUUGUUUCUGCUUAAACAAAAAAGAAAAAAAAAUAAUAACGCGCAUUAACGAUAUAUAGGCGAGAGCGUGACGCGGGUUCGCGUGUCAUUGCCGGUUUAAAACGAUGGUGUUGGUAGGGCUUUAUAGGAUGUCGAUAUCGUUUCGUGCAAACGUCGGAUUCUUAUCUAUCUAAUCUACUACGUGGGGAAAAAAAAAGUACAAAUUCGAUUUGCGUCACAACCGACAGGAUUUUUAGACAUGUCAUACUUAUACCUGUUAUAUUACUAGAUUUAAUAGUGCAAUCGCGUGCGUGAAUCGUAUGCCGUGUGACCGUGGACCAAGGUGUGAAUGCCUCUCUCUUACGAGGGGGAUCGAUUAAUUAUUUCAUCUAGAAAAAAAGAAGAAGAAGAAGAAGAAGAAGAAGGAACAUUCGAGGGAUAGUGUUUAAUGAGCAAAAUAUCGUUGGCUUCCGAUCGCGGUGCGAGUGUUUUCUCAAAUUUUUAAAACGAUUCGUCAUCGAGGCUAAUAUCUGUCAGCUCUCGGAGGCCCUGCCAAGAACGUUGAACUGUGGGAAUCUCUUGUCGAUGGUGAUACGUCGAUUUCCGACGGCGCUUCUCGCGUCCACCGUGUCGAAACGGGCGUCCGUUUUACGGCGACGAACGAACGAAUGUGGGGGUUUCGCCUUACCGAUUGUGUACGCGCGUAUCGUUUCGCAAAGAUUUACGCGGGUUCCGAGACUGGUAUUACAUACGCAAGCUUUUGCAUCUCCUUUUCUAUUUUAUUUUGUACUGUUUUACAUGGUGACGAAAGGAAAAGGCAUCGAUGAUCGUUGGAUUUUAAUGAUUUGUAUUUCGUAUGAUAAGAAUUUCGAAGGGGAGAGAGAGAGAGAGAAAGAAAGAGAGAGAGUGAGAGAGAGCUCUUGAUUUCGUGAGAAUUGAUUUCCACCCGCGCGGCUUUUCAACCGAAGCUUUGCGAAACUCGCGUGAUUAUUUUUUUUUCGCCGUUCGUAGUUUCGCAAAUUUUCAUCGGAAGGCCGCGCGUCGAAGGAUCAAGAUUCAAUUGUGCUACCGAUGCGUCAGGCAUUCGUGACGCGUCGCGCGUUACGUGUUUUUUAAUCAGUCCUAUGCAUUUCGAAACAAUACUUUUCGUUUGCAACUGACAUGGUGGACAGAGAAUAUUGGAAGGAGCGUGAUUAUACUUAAACGUAGUUACUUUUUGCUUACUACGGAGUUUCCUAUUAUUUAUUUUUUUUUUAUCCAUUCAAAGUGAUAAUGUUAUCGAUUUAUCGACGAUUGAUCGAUGAUUGAUAAGAACUGUUUUUUCGCUUUAUCGUAUUUACAUUGCAAAUCUCAGUAUGUGAUGUCGAACUUAGAGAAUCAAUGAGUGUUCCUGCGAGAUAGUCAAAUGUCCACCGUGUAGUAUAUGUAAUUAUGCGACAUGUGUGUGUAAAUUGAGAAUACGGUACUAUGAUUUAUAGCGUAUUAGCAUUACUCUUAGGAGAAAUAGAGAACGAUAUAAUAAACGAUUACUAUUUAUUGAUCGAUUUAGUAUUUAUUUUCUACGUUGCGUUUCGGGAGGUACACAGUAAAAUAUCUUCUGUAUUGUACAUGUACUUUUCGUGUCAUGUUUGGUCCUCUGAAGUAUAUCGGACGAGCAGCCUUUAAGGGAAAUGAACACUUUACGAAUAUAUAUACAGAACGGAAUGAUCAGACGAAAGAUUAAUUUUAAAAAGAGUAUAGUGUAAAGAAAAAAAAAAAGAAAUUAUUUAAAAAAGAAAAAAACAAAAAAAGAGGGGCUAUAAGUAUCAGUUACGAAGAAUAGGCAUUGCAACUGGGAAAGAAAGAGAUAGAAAAAGGAAGGAAAAAAACGAGAGAAAUGGCGUUAACUGUGACUGCAAUCAUUACUGAGGGGAAGAAAUUGUGCGAUCCGCAAGGAACAUAUUACACAUUGUAAGCCGUAUAUUAUGUAACGCGAUGCGUGCGCGAUAUUGUACGCCGCCGGCGUCGAGUUGCGGCGAGAGCGGAGAAAUUGUUCACGUGCGAGUAGUCUUGUAUUUUUUAUUAUUUUAUGUAUGCGUGCGCGUCAAUGGGUGAAAUUUCCAGCGACACUUCGCCGAGAAGGGGAUUUACGUGCGCGUGCUUGGACGCGGUACGAUUCUUUCCUUUAAAAAUGUCGAAGGCAAACUUAAGAACAAAAAAAAAAAAA